AUGAGUUUUGGCUUUGAUGACGAGCUCUGGCUGAGCGACCAGACUGAAGAGGAGGAAUGCGGGCUUACAGAUCCACGUUCAUUCUCCUUGGAAUUGACGUACCAAGGACCUGCUGGUGACUUCCGGACUCGCAACAAACCAGGCCAGCUACAGAGACCCAUGGUGUCCAAUUUUGAGAUGGGGCGACGACGCAAAUCUGCCUACCAGGUCAGCUGUCAAGCAAAGGCUAUGAUCCAUGGCCGGUGGGGAGGGGGAGGCCAAGACUCGUGCGACUGGGCCACUCUGUUGGUGUAUGAGUUCCAGUUCCAUUCCUACCGUGGGUGCCGACUCAAGGCAGCCGACAUUCGCUUCCGAUUCGAGCCGAUACCAGGUCAAUCAAAUGAACUGUCUGUCGCUGGGAUUCAGCCGGAUCGUGUGUUCAAAGUUGCACGCACCGAGCAAUCCGAGCAAUGCACAACCGGCCUCGAGCUUACGCUUGGGUUCCAGCCACUGGCAGGAGCUGGGAACACUUCAAUCGCUGUAUCCAAUUCGGACAAUGUAGAGAAGGUCACAGUUCAUCACACGGUUGUCACUGGUGACCGACCUGCAGAUAUCUACGGCAGUCAGCAUGAGGCACAUUUUUCGCUGUCAGAGAACGUAUCACAGCAGGACGGGAUUCCUACGCGACUGAGAGCCUGUAUUCUUUUGAAGCGGGGAACGGAGGAUGACUUUGCUUGUGUUCCCUACAUCCAUGUCACUCCAGACUUCAAGACUUGGGUUGGACAGGUGUUCUCGUCUCGGGACAGGGAUGAUCCUAUCCGAUUCCGUCCCUCUGAGCCGGUCUUCGAUCAGCUGGAAAAGGGGAUUGUAGUUGACGCGGAAAAUCUGGGAGCCACCAAUCUAGAUCGGCUUUCCCCGGCUAUGGACUCCUUUGAGCUGGACGCUAGAUCUGACGACGCCCCGUACAGUGAGGCCGAGUACGAGUGGGAAAGGUUGUCAUGGGAGGAACGAAUGAAAGAUUUGACGGGACAGUUAACGAAUGGUGGGACAUGGGAAGGAAUGCAGUCAACAGUGAGCGAGUUUCGCGAUUAUGAAAACAGAGAUGUCCCAACCAUACUUCAUCACCUGUCGAAGGACAAGUUUGCACAUGGAUUCUACGACCUUCCUGAGUCUACGCGCGACUGCAUCCUUGAUUCUCUCCUUCGACUUCAUCUGGAAGAGCAAAGCGCAACUCCAGACCACGUCCAGGCCAAUACAAUAGGGAAGGAUAAGCACCCUUAUCCCAUUCUCACUAUUGCCCUCGAACAUAGCAUUACUGGAUUCCUCAACACCAUCGCGACCCGUUUUCAGCACCAUUUGCCACACCUUCUCAAGAUCUCCCAUACAGGUGAUGGUCGCAACCCACUACACGAGGCAUUUUCAAUAUUUCUUCGGUGGCAGAAGAAUGUAGGUCGGUUUAAGGACCACAGCUACAGGGAGGCAAAGAAAACAGAGUUGGGAAUGCUCACGCUGAUCAUCCAAAAGUGGGUCGAGCUGGCCCCAGAUUCGGCCAUCGCGGCAAAAGACGUUCAUGGAAAUACUCCUCUGCAUUAUGCAAUGCAUUAUAACCUAUGCUACUACUUGAACUCGACAGUCUACCGACCAGUCGUCGUCGCUCUAAUCGACAGGAGCCUCUGUCGCCGGAUGCAGGCCGAGGACCAACUGAACGGAGUCGGCAAAUCUCCUUACCUAAUCUAUCUCGAGAGUGAAGCCGACUCUGCUGAGAAGAAACGUACUUCAUCGUCUUGGGAGCCUGAUACAGUGAAAACGACUCCUGGGUCGAAGCCAAAUCGGCGGGAACUCGGACUCGAAGGGAAGUGGGCGGAAGGAAAAAAGACGGGUGAAGAAACAAAAAUCAGAAAGACGCAGGAUGGUUUGUUCAAGCCGCCCCAGAUGCCUUCACAUUCAGAGCUUCCCACAGUCUACAAGGUCACAGUGCCGCCUCAUUCGACACAUUCUCGCACCCGACAAAACCCCCAGUGUUCCCAGGAUAACAGCAAGGCUACAGGACCGGCGUCUACCCCACAGUUCCCAUCAGCGAUGCCGCGCUCAAGUGCGACCAAAGAGCUGACACCCAAUCAAAUACAGCAAGAUGAAUCUGACGACAAAAUCAGAAGGCAGGCUGCAGAUUCGAUUCGGCAGUACCUCAGGAUGUGGUACAUACGAAACAUGUCCGACGCAGAUGCCAGGAAUUUGCUCUAUGGCAAUAUCGCCUCAGCCAAGAAUUUGUACUUCGAUGCCACACACCUGAGAGGACGCGGGGCAGCGCAGAUUGUCCAAUUAAUUAGAAAACUAACCCGCGCUGGGGGUUUCGAAGACACUCUGUCCUACGUCAGAAUCCCGCAAGUGUCAGAGCCAGACGGGCUCCCAGAAACUGCUACCAUAUCCAAUACAGCCAGCGAGAAAGGAGGGAUCCAUAGUGCAUCUGGUCCCAAGAAGGCCCUGAUGGGGCGCAUCUCACUAAUAUCCGUCUUCGACGAGCUGGCCCUUGCAGGUGUACGGCAAAUUCUACGGCUCCAAGUCGAAGACAACGGCGAUGUCAUGGCCCAUUCAGACGCAGCUAUUGAAAGGGCUAUUACUGGAUCGGACCAUCGUGGCGAGUCAACCUCCUUCGGUACUAGAAUCGGGGCCUUGAAUAUAGAAACCUGGGAUUGGCGAAAGCCAGACAUAAACAUUGAACUGAUUCACGAUGCGGAACCCAACGUAAAGUCCAUUCACCUGCACUGGAGCGGAGGUCAGACUGUUCUUCGUGGGUGGGCGGAUGCAAUCCUAGUGCUUUACACGGAAUUCAAGGAACUAACUUGUGUCUAUCUGCAUGCAUAUCAGGUACUGGCCUUUGUCCUACGAUAUGAAGUACAGGUGAAGAACGAAUUCCAUAAGGAAAGAGUGAUAGACACACGAAAAGAUGAAGAGACCUGUACUAUCCCCAGCCCUGGCGACUCUACAAACGAGAAGCAGUAUCUUUGGAUAAAUCGGCUGGAAGAUUUUCGUGAUGCGAUGCUGGAGGUGCAUAAAGUUUCUCCAAAAGUUGAAGCGGAUUUACCGCGAAUUAAAGUUGCCCUUAUCGACGAUGGCCUAGAUUACGGUGAUUUCGACGUUUAUCCACACACAGAAGUGCGAGGGUUUAGCUGCUAUCCACGCACUGGGCAGACCGAACAUCCAUGGCACAAGUCGACCAACGGGCAUGGAACUGCAAUGGCCAAUAUGAUCCUCCGCAUAAAUCCGUGGGUACAUCUCUUGGUCAUUCGAAUCGAGGAUGGUAUCUCCUACGCGAAUCCAGGAUCGCCCUCGCGGACCAUCCAACCCGACAGCGCUGCCCGAGCCGUCGAGGCGGCCAUCAAGCACAACGUCGAUGUAAUUUCCAUGUCGUGGACCAUACGCAAGCAAAUUUCACAACUGCACAGCUCGCCCGUUGAUCCUGGAUCAUUGGGGAAGAAGUCAAUCGAUGAGGUCGGAAUCGAGCGACUGGAAAUGGCCAUAAGGGAGGCGGCGGAAAACAAUAUUCUCAUGGUGUGUUCUGCGGCGGACGACAUAGAACUCCUCGGGAAGGACAAUCUACCCUUCUGUGCAGCGGAGCACAACAUCUUUCGCAUCGGCUCCUGCGAUUCUCAAGCGCAGCGUGACCCCAUGACUGAAAACAGAACAACCAUUUCCUAUUUUCUCCCGGGUAUUCAAGUCCAAGAAGCACAAAGACCACACUCCUUGAAACCACUUGUAUAUCAUGACGGGUCUUCGAUAGCCACUGCGCUGGCUGCUGGGUUAAUAUCUACUAUCCUCCAUUGUGCUCGUUGGGUGGACCAGUGUCAAGAAGCUCGAGAGCCCGCACAGAAUGCCUCCAGUGAGAAAAAUCCAUUCCAGCAAUUGGCAAAGAGCCUUCGUAUACACAAGAACAUGCAGAUCGCAUUGAGAAAUAUUGCCAGAUCACAUGGGUCAGAGGAGCCAGAGGAUUCAAAACAGCUUCCUGUGUAUCGUCUUUUUGCAGACACAACCAACAAGUUGAACAGUGCCAAGGGGUGGCAAAAAGUUGAGAGGUUGGGAGAUUUAGUCAGGUACCUAUGUCAUGACAUUGAGGCCUAG